AUGUUCCUACCCACGUUGACAUGGUUAUGCUUCCUCCUCCUCCUCCUCCUCUUCCAGUUCUGUUCCUCCGGCAGCGGCGCCGACACCCUAAACCAAACUAAAUCCAUCACCGACGGUCAAAUCAUUGUCUCCACUGGAAGCAAUUUUGCAUUGGGAUUCUUUAGCCCUGGAAAUUCUAGUUACAGGUAUGUCGGGAUUUGGUACAAUAAAAUUCCUAUAAUCACCGUGGUUUGGGUUGCCAACAGAGACAACCCAAUCAACGAUUCUUCCGGAGUUCUCUCCCUUGCUCUUGAUGGGAAUCUCAUCGUCUCUUCCCAUGGUGAUCAGAGACAUCCUCUCUGGUCCACCAACGUCUCCACAAGUUCCAACCCCACCGUUCUGAAGCUCCAUAACUCCGGUAACCUGGUUCUAUACAGCGGCGACACCAUGAAUAAGAUCCUGUGGGAAAGCUUCGACAAUCCGACACACAUAUGGCUUCCUGGCGUGAAACUAGGGUUGGACCGGAGGACCGGUCUGAACCGGGUACUGACAUCCUGGAAAUCCAAAGACGACCCUAGCCGUGGGUUUUACUCUUACGGGUUCCACCCAAGAGGGUCACCCCAGCUAGUCUUGUAUAAGGGGUCGAACCCGGUCUGGAGAGCCGGUUCUUGGAACGGUCAAAGGAUGAGCGUGAUACCAGAGAUGACCAAAAGUUACAUCUUCAGUUACGACUUCGUUAACAACACCGACGAGGUCUACCUCAUCUACUACGUUUACAAUUCCUCCAUUUUCUCUAUACUUGUGUUGAAUGAUACCGGGGCCGUUCAGAGAACGACGUGGAUCGAGAGGAACCGUCAAUGGAGCAUAUUCAUUUCGAAGCCCGGCGAUAGAUGCGAUUAUUAUGGACACUGCGGGGCCUACGGGAUUUGUCGCACAGAUGACUCGGUGGAGUGCUCGUGUCUGCCGAGUUUCCAACCCAAGUCUCCGAGUGAUUGGUACUUGACGGAAUGGUCAGAGGGUUGCGUGAGGGAAAGACCGCUUGGAUGCGGGAAGGGAGACGGGUUCCUGAAGUUUGUAGACGUGAAGAUUCCCGACACGUCCAUGUCCAUAGUCGACAAGAAUCUGAGUCUCGAUGAAUGCGAGAGAGAAUGCUUGAAGAACUGCUCUUGCACCGCUUACGCCCCUGCAGAUAUUAAUGGCGGAGGCAGUGGUUGCGUUGCUUGGUUUAGCAACUUGACGGACAUUCGAUAUUAUAAUGACGGCGGCCAAGAUUUCUUCCUUCGUGUGGAUUCAGUGGAGCUAGCUUCACGAGCAAGAAAAGAUAAAGGAUUUCUUCACAGCAAGCGGGGAGUGGUGAUUCUUACGGUGUCACUUGUUGUGGGUGUACUGUCUCUGCUUCUCUUUGCUGCAUGUGUGUACCGUUUGCAGAAGAAGAAGAGAAAAGGAGCAAUUGAACAGCGACAACAACCGCUUAGUGGCUUUUCUGGAAUGAAUGAACUUGAAGACAAUGGGACGAAUCUCGAAUUACCAUUCAUUGAACUAGAUGUUGUUGCAGCUGCCACAGACAAUUUCUCUCCCAAUAAUAAGCUUGGAGAAGGUGGUUAUGGUGUUGUCUACAAGUUUGAUCUCAAUUUCCAGGGUCGGCUGUUUAAUGGGAAGGAGAUAGCUGUUAAAAGACUAUCCAGGAAUUCAGGGCAAGGGACGGAAGAGUUUAAAAAUGAAGUUCUACUUAUUGCCAAACUACAACACAGAAAUUUGGUUAGGCUUCUAGCUUCUUGUGUCCAUGAAGAAGAAAAGAUGUUGAUCUAUGAGUACAUGCCCAACAAAAGCUUGGACUCUUUCAUUUUCGAUGAAAGUAAGAGGGCAUUACUUGAUUGGAGAAAACGAUUUGAAAUCAUAGUUGGAAUUGCUCGAGGUGUUCUUUAUCUUCACCAAGACUCCAGAUUGAGAAUCAUACAUAGAGAUUUGAAAGCUGGCAAUGUGCUGUUAGACAAAGAGAUGAAUCCCAAAAUUUCAGAUUUCGGUAUGGCAAGAAUUUUUGGAGGAGAUCAAAUUCAAGCAAAUACAGUCAAAGUGGUUGGGACAUACUUUGGGGUAUUAUUAUUGGAAAUCAUUAGUGGCACGAAGAACAGAGUUUAUAUUCAUGAAGAUCCUUCUAUGACCUUAAUACAACAUGUAUGGGAUUUAUGGAAAGAACAUCGAGCUUUGGAGAUAGUUGAUUCUUUCAUGUUGGAGAAUGAAACAACGAUGCCUUCACCUAACCAACCUGCUCUUAUUAUGAAAAGAACUCUCAAGGCACAAGAUUCAUCUUCAAGAGAGGCAGGAUCUUACUCUAUAAAUAAAGUGACAAUGACUUACACACUAGCUAAUUACCAUAUGUGUUACGGCGCCGACACCCUAAACCAAACUAAAUCCAUCACCGACGGGCAAAUCAUUGUCUCCACUGGAAGCAAUUUUGCAUUGGGAUUCUUUAGCCCUGGAAAUUCUAGUUACAGGUAUGUCGGGAUUUGGUACAAUAAAAUUCCUAUAAUCACCGUGGUUUGGGUUGCCAACAGAGACAACCCAAUCAACGAUUCUUCCGGAGUUCUCUCCCUUGCUCUUGAUGGGAAUCUCAUCGUCUCUUCCCAUGGUGAUCAGAGACAUCCUCUCUGGUCCACCAAUGUCUCCUUAAGUUCCAACACCACCGUUCUGAAGCUCCUUAACUCCGGUAACCUGGUUCUAUACGGCGGCGACACCGGGAAUAAGAUCCUGUGGGAAAGCUUCGACAAUCCGACGCACAUAUGGCUUCCUGGUAUGAAACUAGGGUUGGACCGGAGAACCGGUCUGAACCGGGUACUGACAUCCUGGAAAUCCAAAGACGACCCUAGCCGUGGGUUUUACUCUUACGGGUUCCACCCAAGAGGGUCACCCCAGCUAGUCUUGUAUAAGGGGUCGAACCCGGUCUGGAGAGCCGGUUCUUGGAACGGUCAAAGGAUGAGCGGGAUACCAGAGAUGACCGAAAGCUACAUCUUCGGUUACGACUUCGUUAACAACACCGACGAGGUCUACCUCAUCUACUACUUUUACAAUUACAAUUCCUCCAUUUUCUCUAGAUAUGUGUUGAAUGACACCGGGGCCGUUCAGGGAACGACGUGGAUCGAGAGGAACCGUCAAUGGAGUAUAUUCUAUUCGAAGCCCGGCGAGAGAUGCGAUUACUAUAGACACUGUGGGGCCUACGGGAUUUGUCGCACAGAUGACUCGGUGGAGUGCUCGUGUCUGCCGAGUUUCCAACCCAAGUCUCCGAGUGAUUGGUACUUGACGGAAUGGUCAGAGGGUUGCGUGAGGGAAAGACCGCUUGGAUGCGGGAAGGGAGACGGGUUCCUGAAGUUUGUAGACGUGAAGAUUCCCGACACGUCUAUGUCCGUAGUCGACAAGAGUUUGAGUCUCAAGGAGUGCGAGAGAGAAUGCUUGAAGAACUGCUCUUGCACCGCUUACGCCCCUGCAGAUAUUAAUGGCGACGGCAGUGGUUGCGUUGCUUGGUUUAGCAACUUGACGGACAUUCGAUAUUAUAAUGAUGGCGGCCAAGAUUUCUUCCUUCGUGUAGAUUCAGUGGAGCUAGUACGAUACGAGUUCGUGAUGAUGGUUUUAUCUAAUCUAUGUGUAGCUUCACGAGCAAGAAAAGAUAAAGGAUUUCUUCACAGCAAGCGGGGAGUGGUGAUUCUUACGGUGUCACUUGUUGUGGGUGUACUGUCUCUGCUUCUCUUUGCUGCAUGUGUGUACCGUUUGCAGAAGAAGAAGAGAAAAGGAGCAAUUGAACAGCGACAACAACCGCUUAGUGGCUUUUCUGGAAUGAAUGAACUUGAAGACAAUGGGACGAAUCUCGAAUUACCAUUCAUUGAACUAGAUGUUGUUGCAGCUGCCACAGACAAUUUCUCUCCCAAUAAUAAGCUUGGAGAAGGUGGUUUUGGUGUUGUCUACAAGGGUCGGCUGUUUAAUGGGAAGGAGAUAGCUGUUAAAAGACUAUCCAGGAAUUCAGGGCAAGGGACGGAAGAGUUUAAAAAUGAAGUUCUACUUAUUGCCAAACUACAACACAGAAAUUUGGUUAGGCUUCUAGCUUCUUGUGUCCAUGAAGAAGAAAAGAUGUUGAUCUAUGAGUACAUGCCCAACAAAAGCUUGGACUCUUUCAUUUUCGAUGAAAGUAAGAGGGCAUUACUUGAUUGGAGAAAACGAUUUGAAAUCAUAGUUGGAAUUGCUCGAGGUGUUCUUUAUCUUCACCAAGACUCCAGAUUGAGAAUCAUACAUAGAGAUUUGAAAGCUGGCAAUGUGCUGUUAGACAAAGAGAUGAAUCCCAAAAUUUCAGAUUUCGGUAUGGCAAGAAUUUUUGGAGGAGAUCAAAUUCAAGCAAAUACAGUCAAAGUGGUUGGGACAUAUGGUUAUAUGCCGCCAGAGUAUGCAAUGCAAGGGCUUUUCUCAAUAAAGUCGGACGUAUUUAGCUUUGGGGUAUUAUUAUUGGAAAUCAUUAGUGGCACGAAGAACAGAGUUUAUAUUCAUGAAGAUCCUUCUAUGACCUUAAUACAACAUGUAUGGGAUUUAUGGAAAGAACAUCGAGCUUUGGAGAUAGUUGAUUCAUCAAUGGGUGAAUCUUACCUUGGUCAUGAAGUUGCGAGGUGCAUCCAAGUUGGGUUGUUGUGUGUGCAAGAAAGUGCAUCAGAUAGACCAACCAUGUCAAGUGUAACUUUCAUGUUGGAGAAUGAAACAACGAUGCCUUCACCUAACCAACCUGCUCUUAUUAUGAAAAGAACUCUCAAGGCACAAGAUUCAUCUUCUAGAGAGGCAGGAUCUUACUCUAUAAAUAAAGUGACAAUGACUGUGGUAGAUCCUCGAUAA